ACGUAGUCUAUAGCCGUUAGUGGACGCGCACGUAGUCUAUAGCCGUUAGUGGACGCGCUUGUCAGAAAAGAUGGCGGCUGUUUGAAUUCGGCCGUUAUAGCGCCGCCGCUGGCAGGAUGGACGUCCCGACUACCCGACCGAGCUCGGCAAUCACCGGCAGCAGCUCCGACACCGAGAGACAUCAGUACAACAGAGACGACGCUGCAGCUGUGAGAGGUACCGAGAGACAUCUCAUCAUAGCGGAGAAUGGGAGAGACAGGGCUGCUGAGGAGAGCGCCCACAAUGGUGGAGGAGAGGUCAGAGACUGCAGAGAGACCGUCAUGGACGCCUACAGAGACAGCCUGAGAGAGGAGAGCACCCACAAUGGUGUAGGAGAGGUCAGAGACUGCAGAGAGACCGUCAUGGACGCCUACAGAGAGAGCCUGAGAGAGGAGAGCGCCCACAAUGGUGGAGGAGAGGUCAGAGACUGCAGAGAGACCGUCAUGGACGCCUACAGAGACAGCCUGAGAGAGGAGAGCACCCACAAUGGUGGAGGAGAGGUCAGAGACUGCAGAGAGACCGUCAUGGACGCCUACAGAGACAGCCUGAGAGAGGAGAGCGCCCACAAUGGUGGAGGAGAGGUCAGAGACUGCAGAGAGACCGUCAUGGACGCCUACAGAGACAGCCUGAGAGAGGAGAGCGCCCACAAUGGUGGAGGAGAGGUCAGAGACUGCAGAGAGACUGUCCUUGUCUCCUACAGAGACAGCCUGAUAGAGGAGAGUGCCCACAAUUGUGGAGGAGAGGUCAGAGACCGGAGAGAGACCGUCAUGGACUCCUACAGAGACAGUCUGAGAGAGGAGAGCGCCCACCAUGGUGGAGGAGAGGUCAGAGACCGGAGAGAGACUGUCCUGGACUCCUACAGGGACAACCUGACAUCCCUGAGAGAGGAAAGUGUCCACAAUGGUGGAGGAGAGGUCAGAGACCUCAGACACCCCAUCCUGGAUUCCUAUAGAGACAGCCUGACAUCCCUGAGAGAGGAGAGUGCCCACCAUGGUGGAGGAGAGGUCAGAGACUGCAGGCAGGCUGUCCUGGAUUCCUAUAGAGACAGCCUGAAAUCCUUGAGAGAGGAGAGUGCCCACCUCCUAAGCCAUGGUGGAGGUGAGCACACAGAGGUCAGAGACCGGCCCCCAGUACGAGGCCGCAAAGAGACAGUCCCGGAGUCCUACCGAGAUGGUUUGACAUCACUGAGAGAGGAGAGUGCCCGUAGGGGCUAUGACAGAGCCUGGGAUACCAUGUCGGGGUUUCAGAGGGCUCUGUCAUCCACCUCUGAGGGAACCCCCCACCCAGUCUCUGGUUAUGAACGCCUCUCAGUUGACCGGGCUCACACCAUGAAGGACUUUGAGAAACAGAUCACAGAGCUGAAGAAGGAGAACUUCAACCUGAAGCUGCGAAUCUACUUCCUAGAGGAGCAGGUGCAGCGGCGCUGUGAUACCAGCAACGACGAGCUCCACCGCAUGAACAUCGAGCUGAAGGUGGAGCUGGAGAGCCUGAAGCAUGACUUCCAGGAGAAGCACAACCUGCUGGUCCGAGCCUCUAAAGCCAUGGAGAGUGUGGCCGGGGAGCAUGAGGUGGCAGUCAAACUCUUACGUGAAGAUCACCUCAAACACCUGCAAGACAUGGAAGACGCCCAGAGUCAUAAACUACAGCUACUCGAGGACGCAAUUCAACAUGAGAAAGACGAGCUAGAGAAGAUGUGCCUGCUCCUCGACCAGGAGCAGAUUCAGAGAUUUGCUGCUGAGGAACGACUUAUGGCGUUGAAUGAGCAAUAUACGAAGAGCAUGGCGAUCCUGGAGGAGAGAGACUGGAUUAUACAAUGCUUAAAUGACACAGUGCACUCCAAAGAUGCCCUCAUCGCCCAGCUGGAGAAACAAAUCGCCUCCAUGAUGCCAUACAAAGCGUCCGAUGACCAGAUUGGAAAGAACGUCAGUAAUCUGUAUUUAGAGGGUGAUGCCAAAGACUUACCAGGACCCCCUAAAUCGAUACAUAAUGUAGAUGGCAAAGAAAAUGCCAACGAAUGGCAGGAAAAGAUUAAGGAGAUGGAUAAUCUGAUCAAUGAGCUCCAGCAGAAGCUGGAAGACAAUAAAGCUGGGUUAGCAGCCGAAGAAAAAAACACACUGAAAAGGGAUAAAGCUAUACAAGGCCUGACAAUGGCCCUGAAGAAAAAGACGAAGGAGAACAACAAGCUCCAAAGUGAGAUCGACAGACUUGAUGCUGCCUUAAAAGAAGCUGCCCAACAGGCCCAACUCCAAAGUCUCAAAGAAAACAUUCAUCCGGAGUACAAAAAACUGAUCUUCACACUUCAGGCUGAGGAAGACAUCUACAACAGGUUACUGAAGUAUGAGCGAGAGUCAGGGAACCUCCAGAAGGAGCUGGAAUCCAUCGCCAUGUUACGAAGGUGGCUGGAGGGGAAUAUCCAGGCUAACCAGGAACUCCGAAAGAUCAUGGAAGCCCAGAUCAUGGCCAGAUAUAACGGAGAUGACAGCAUGUCAUUACUAGGAGAUCAGACCUCGUACCUAAGCAUUUGUCUCGAUCACCUAAACCAAAAUGAGUAUUUCUUUGCCGGAGGUCCUCAGGGAACAGCUUUAUAUAAAAAUAACACGCAUGAAAUGUUCAACCAUCUAAAGGAAGAAGCCGGAACCCAAACACAAAGCAAUGAUUCUGCCUUACCUGACAAUAAUCUAAUUCAUCAGCAGGACUUAAAGUCAGGGCAGUCAGUAAACGAGCGGAGCCCAUUACCGAGAGAAGACAGUGAGAACUAUGCCCAACCAAUCAGAAACAAACAAAACACAGUCUCCUCUGCUAUGCAGACCGAGCUCAGUGCCGUCUCUGAUAGAUGCUUUGCUGUCAGUGUUUCAAGGCUUCCAGAAGAAAAGGCAGAAAUAAUGUGGACCCUACAAGAUAGAGAACUUCAUAUCCCAUCACAGAGUAACAACACCUGCGAAAACCAAGAUUAUAACUUCAGUCGACGGGCUAAGAAAUCGAGGCUUCCCGUUCUGUUAAAAUCGUCUUUGAAUACGAAGGUGAGGACUGAUGUUGCACUGACUCUUGCUAAAGAAGAUGAGCACAGUUGUCUUCAGAAGGAAUCACAAAUAGAAAACAGCCAGUUCUAUAUCCAGCCAAAAUGUGCCAAGAUGGAGGUUGAGUCAUUUGAAGAAACUAUAGACUACAUACCUGACCUAAACAAUGUAGGCCAAGAGCAGAAGGAUCCUGUAGAGCAAAUUGUACACAGAGAGCUGCAUCCGGAGAAUCACAGGCUCUCAGAAGAGUCAAAACAAACUGAAAGUGAAAGCACAUCACCUAAAGCAAAUGAAAAAUUGUUGAAAUACAAAGUAUCUGACUUAUGUUACUGCAAGAAGAGAGAGUCAACAGAUCGAGCCUUGAAAGAACUACAGGCAGAGAACUACCUGCUUUUACAACAAUUAGAACAAGUUCAAAUGGAGAAUAAGACCCCUAAUCCGAAUAAAGACUUGUUAAGAAAUAAGACACCUGAACAUGAAUUAAGUAACUCCAGGGAUGAUCAGAGGAGGUCAACAGAACAAGUCUUACAUAAAGAAUUACGAGAAGAGAACUAUCAACUCUCGGAGCUCCUAAAACAAGCUCAAGUAGAAACAAAGUCUCCCCAAGCCAAUGAAGAAUUGAUAAAACAUAAGAAGGCUCUGCCUGAUUUAUCUGGGAUCAUUAGUGAGCUAAGAGAGUCUGCAGAUCAAAAGCUGCAGGCAGAGAAUUGCAGGCUUUCAGAACAGCUAAAACAAGCUCAUAUGGAGAUUAAGAUACUUAAAGCUAAUGAGGAAAUGAUAAGAAAUAAAGCUUCUGAAUGUGACUUGAGUAACCCCAAGGAUGAAGAGAAGAAGUUGGCAGAACAAGGCUUCCAAAAAGAGCUACAAGCAGAGAACUAUCAACUCUCUGAACAGGUAAAACGCUCACAAAUGGAGAUUGAGAGACUCAAAGCCAAUGUUGAAUCUAUUAAACAGAAGGAUACUCUACCUGAUUUAUCUGGGUCCAUCAGGGAGCAAAGAGAGUCUACAGAUCAAGAGCUACAGGCAGAGAACUGCAGGCUUUCAGAACAGCUAAUACUAGCACAAAUGGAGGUUGAGACUCUCAGAGCUAAUGAAGAGUUGUGGAAAAGCAGGUCCUCUAAACUUGACUUAAGCCACUCCAAGGAUGAGCAGAGGAAGUCGACUGAACAAGCCUUACAGAAAGAGCUACAAGCAGAGAAUAAUGGACUCUCUGAACAGCUAAAACGAACACAAAUAGAGGUCAAGACGUUUAAAAUUAAUGAAGAAUUGUUGAGAUGCAAGGUCUCUGAAAUUGAAGAAUUGCCUAAUGACAAAGCGGAGUGGAGGACCUCAACAGAAUGUGCCUUACUGAAAGAGCUACAAGCAGAAAAUUACAGACUCUCUGAACAGCUAAAACGAGCACAAAUGGAGAUUGAGACACUUAAAGCCAAUGAACAUUUGAUAAAACAUGAAGACAUUGUACAUAAUCUGUCUCACACCUUCAAAGGCUCUAGAGAUCAGUCACUCCAGAAGGAACUACAGGCAGAGCAGUGUAGGCUCUCAGAACGGUUGAAAACCGCGCAAAUGAACAUUGAGAAGCUCCAAGCAGAGCAACGGUCUACAGGCAGCAGUGAUGACUCUAUGAAGCUUCAUGGUUCGGAUGCAGAUGACGAUCUUUCUGAACAAUCCUUCUUAGAGAAGACAAUCACUAACUUCAAUGUUAUUGAGGUCGACGCCACAUCAGAUUUUGGUGACGAAGUCUGUAGGCCUCAUGUCAUAAGUCACAAUGCCGCUGCACUACGAUGUCAUCAUGAUAGUCACUGUACAGAGUGUGCACACAACAGAGGGAGUCUUCCACUGCCUUCUUCAAAGUCCAAAAGAGCAUCCACACGGCACUCCUCAUCCAAGUUUACUAAAGUCUCCUCUGCAAGGUCAUUUGAGGACACCACUUCUCUUUCAAAGUAUGAUUUGCUGGUGCAGUCUCAAGCACGAGAGCUGUCUCUUCAGAGGCAGAAAAUUAAGGAGAGUCAUAACCUUAGUGUUAUAUGUUCAAAGAAUUUCUACAACCUUUUGAAAGCUUUUGAGAACUUAUUUCCAGUCAGCACCCUGGACUCUAACAUCCCAAUGGGAUUUCAGGAGCAGAUUACUCAGACUAUAGAGUGGCUGAAGGAGUUGGAGUAUAAACUCAGUGACACCAUCUAUGGGGAGGAGGAUGUUUACAGCGACCAUUCAGUUGACAGCUUGCUGUACACCCCAUCUCGUCUGGUCCCUGGACACAGAAUGUGGGCAGACAAACAUGGCUGCCAUGUGCUGGGAUUAGUUGAAGACUAUAAUGCUUUACGCAAGCAGAUUUUGGAAGCAAGGAAUGUGUUACAGGAGACGGAGGCUUUCAUUGACCAUGGGGUACAGACUGCAGUUCUUAAUAUGACUGAACAUUUCGGGAAUAUAUUUUUUGAGAAACUUACAAGAACAAAGCAGUCGCUGGAGGAAGCUGGGUGCUUACUAAAACUGUUGUGGAGAGUUUCCUUACCCUUACAGAUUCACAGCCCAUACAGCGUCAACCAAGACAAAGAACUCAACCUUGAGGUCACCCGGCUUCGAAAGAGGGUUGUAGAGCAAGAAAAAUUGUUGUCCGGCAUGGUCAAGAGAGUCUACUCUGAGAAUCAGAUGAAGGAGGACAUUGAGAAACUCAUUCUGGACCAAUUGGCCGUGACCCAUGACAUUUUAAGGAGAGCCAAAGGCAAUUUGGAGGUCCAGGUGGUCGAUAAACUCCAUUAAAAUCAAUGUCUCAUAAG